AAUCAUAUUCGAACUUUUCUUCGAACCGUGAGAUCAGCCAUGACAUCUGCCUAUUUCGGAGUUGCCGGCGGGAGUAAUACUGGUGCACAAUCGGCUUACUUUGGAGUUGGAGGAGGACCAGCAGGAGGAGGCGGUGGAGCCUCGAAGGUUGGAGGUGCCGGUGCACCACCCCCAGGAACAUCAGUGUACAUGGGAGCUGGAGCCGGAGGAGGUGGCGGUGGCGGAGCCCAGUCAGCUUACUUCGCUGUUGGAGGAGCACCAGUCGGAGGUGCCCCAGCUGCCGUUCCUAUGGGAGCCCCACCACCAGCUGGUGGAGGUGCCUCGACAAUGACUGCUCUUGGCGGAGCACCAUCUGGCGCAUCUACUAUGACAGCUGUCGGAGGAGCCCCGAGAGGAGCUUCCACGAUGACUGCCGUCGGAGGAGCUCCAACUGGUGCUUCCACCAUGACCGCUGUGGGAGGAGCUCCGCGAGGAGCUUCAACCAUGACCGCUGUCGGUGGGGCGCCAACUGGAGCUUCUACGAUGACAGCUGUUGGAGGAGCCCCAGGUGAAGCUUCCACCAUGACCGCUGUUGGCGGAGCCCCACGUGGAGCAUCUACAAUGACUGCUGUUGGAGCCCCAGGCGGUGGAGCUUCUGCUCUUGGAGCCGCGCCACCAGCCGGAUCAAUGAGCGGAGGAGGCGGUGGUGGUGGAGCCACUUCUGGAUACUUCGGAGUCGGACAAGGCGUUAUGGGAGGUGGUGGAGCUGUUGGACAAUCUGCCUACUUCGGAGUUGGAGGAGGUGCUGCUGGAGGUGCCAAGUCUGGAGGCGGUGGUGGAGGUGGAAUUCCCGGACAAUCUAUGUACAUGGGAGCCGGAGGUGGCGGCGGAGCUGGAGGUGGUGCCACAUCUGCAUACUUUGCACCCAAGUAAGAAGGAGAGAAUUUGUUGAACUUUUAUAGUCAAUAAACAGUAAAAAAUACG